AUUAGCUGCUGCGUUCCAGGAGAAGCUGCCCGCCUCCCCGUCCGCUUUAUGCGAGUCUGGAUCAAAGUUCCCUGAGAUAAGGCCACAUGCCCCAGUCUCGUGUUUAUGGCUCUCUCCUGUUAGUGUGCGGGGAGCUGGAGCUCAUGUGGAUGCGGGCUGAAGAUGAGCGGACAGUACUCGAUGAAGCCGGAGAGUCCCGGCCUGGACAGCGAGGUCCAAGAGUCCUUCAAGUUUGUGUCGGAAGUCGAGGAGGACGGCGGAGAUGAGACUGCUGAGCCUCGGUGCAGCCUCAGUGCCAGCAAUAUCACCUACGCAGUCAGCGAGCGCAUCGGCCCCUGGUGGAACCUGCCCUCCUACAGGAAGCGACGAACUCGGCAGAUCCUCAACAACGUCUCCUUCCAUGUGGACAGCGGGCAGAUUAUGGGCAUCCUGGGUAACUCAGGUUCCGGAAAGACCACCUUGCUGGACGCCAUCUCGGGAAGAAUCGGCAACUCCGGAAGCCUGUCGGGUGACGUCUUCGUCAACGGCAGAAAACUGGCGAGAGAAGAGUACCAGGACUGCUUCUCCUACGUGCUGCAGAGCGACAACCUCCUGAGUUAUCUGACGGUGGAGGAGACUUUGACCUACACGGCCCAACUGGCGCUCAGAAAGCACUCGGCCAAAGACAUCCAAAACAAGGUGUCAGCGGUGAUGGCCGAGCUGAGUCUGAGCCACGUGGCCCGCAGUGUGAUCGGCGGCCGCGUUUUCCCGGGAAUCUCCGGAGGCGAGAGGAGGAGGGUCUCCAUCGCCGGCCAGCUCCUUCAGGACCCCCGAGUGAUCCUAUUGGACGAGCCCACCACGGGGCUGGACAGCAUGACGGCCAAUCAGAUCGUGGUACUGUUGGCCCAGCUGGCCCGCAGGAACCGUAUCGUGAUCGUCACCAUCCACCAGCCUCGCUCCGAACUCUUCACGGUGUUCAGCAGGAUUGCACUGAUGAGUCGUGGCGAGUUAGUUUUCUGCGGCCAACCUGACCAGAUGGUGGACUUCUUCAGCUGCUGCGGGUACGAGUGUCCAGAAUACUGCAACCCCUUCGACAUCUACGUGGACUUGACGUCGGUGGACACGCGCAACAGCGAGCGCGAGGCGGCCACCUUCGGCCGCAUGCGCGACAUCACCUGCUCCUACCAAAAGUCGGCCAUCUUCGGGUGCAUGCUGGCCAGGACGCAGGAGAGCCUGGGCGCCCGCUGCAAGACCGCCAUCCCCUUCAAGAGCAAAGAGUCUCCCACAGGCUCCGCCAAGCUGACCGUGCUCCUCAGGCGGACCAUGCGUAACCUGUCGAGAGACCGAAUGGGGGUCCUGAUGCGGCUGUCUCAGAACCUGAUCUACGGCCUCUUCGUGGCCUUCUUUGUCACGCGUUUGGACGACGACGUGGCGAAAGGCGCCGUGCAGGACCGCAUCGGCAUCAUCUACCAGUGCGUCGGCGCCUCGCCCUACACCGGGAUGCUCAACGCCGUUGCUCUCUUUCCCGCCCUGCGAGCCAUCGGCGACCAGGAGAGUCAGGAUGGCUUGUACAGCAAGUGGCAGAUGUUUCUGGCCUAUGUGUUCCACAUCCUGCCCUUCAGCGUCGUCAGCGUGCUCAUCUUCACCUCCUUUCUUUACUGGACGGUGGGAAUGCACGCGGAGAUAUGGCGCUUCGCCUGCUUCACAGCGGUCGUGACGGUCCCUCACAUCACAGGUGAACUGCUGACGGUGGUCCUGCUAGGGGUGGUCCAGGACCCCAACAUGGUCAACACUGGAGUGGCCCUGCUCAACAUCGCCGGGAUCCUACUGGGCUCCGGAUUCCUACGAAGCACGGCGCAGAUGCCGACGGUGUUCCAGUGGCUGAGCUACCUGACGUUCCAGAAGUACAGCUGCGAGCUGCUGAUUGUCACUGAGUUCCACGGGCUUCACUUUACCUGCAACAACUCCAGUUUUCUGCCGGGACGCUGCCUGAUCACGCAGGGUGACCAAAUUGUGGACGAAGGCUACCCUGGCGCCGUGGGGCGCUACACGCUUGACUUUGUGCUGCUCUACUCCUUCCUGCCCGCCCUCCUACUGCUGGGCAUGGUCACAUUCAAGAUCCGAGACAGACUGGUGCUCCAUUGACGUCGCUCGGCCACACCUGCUGAGCUUAAUGCAACAAUGCAGCCUACAAAAAUAGUAGCAUUCAUGAUUGAUCAAUUUUGACAGACUAUAUCAAUAAGUGGUAUUAUAAGCAACGUAAGCUGUAUGUACUGUCAAGAAUUAUUUGAUGCCUGUUCAUUAUCCAUAUUCAAGGUCGAGUGCCCAAAUGUUUUUUUAACAAAACUCAAUCAUUAAACGGAAUAUUUUUACCUAA